UGAGUGUCCGUGAGGAGUCGGCAACCUUGAGAAGAUCUGGUCACAGAGCCUCCUGACUUGAAACCAUGCAGCUUCUUUCCCAUAUUUUCUAGAGCCUGGAGCUGCGUGGGGCAAUUCAAUCAUUAUUAUACCCACCCACCCAUGGGAUUACCGGUGGACGCAGCCGGACACCCUUGGGCAUCGAUGCCUGCCUUCAAUCUGCCUGGAAGGGAAGGCUAACUCUUCAGCAAACCCUAUAGCGAACCGAUCCGCCUCUGAGAUACGUUGCUUCCCAUUCUCCUCACUGCACUUCAAUUAAGAUCCCUUUUGUUAGUUCCUGAUUCUCCCCAUCCUCGAGUGACAGCACGCUACCUGCUGGGUAGAGAGGUAUCGAGAUAGAUGUCGUAGCAAACAGCCAUGCGCUCCGUAACAUAAAAAGGAAAUAAAAUCUGUUGGGCCCGAAGCUUCUCGAAAUCCCCUUUCGAUGACUUGGUCCGCACCACCGUAAUAUGUAGUCUACUAGCCAUGCCACUGUCUCAUCAAUCGCCUCCAACAUAAACUUCCACUUAGAAGUGCUUUCUCCUGCCUGCUUGGCCGCCGUACUAAAAUAGCGCCGCUUUCCCUUGAUCAGUUGUGGCAAAGCAAAAUGAAUAAUAUUAAGGAUUGGAAGGCUCUUGCUGUUCACCUGGACCGUGGGGAUUUCCGCCGAGACGUCCGAUUGUAUCUCCAACCGGGGGAUCAUCUUAUCAUCCCUAUCCCACCAGCACACGCCUUUGGCGCUGUACGGUAUAUCUGCUGAAACCCUGCUAGAGGUUAUUGCCUGUAGGGGAUCAAACGCUCUAGCGGAGGCCCACUGACGACGCACAGUCUUAAUAUUAUAGUCAGACAGACGGAGCGCAGUACGAUCUCUUGAGUUCUCUGGAGUGACUUGGAGAGACGAAACGCUUGCCGCCGUUGUUUCUUUCCCGCUCCUCUCUCUCUGCCCCUCUCUCCCAUUGUUAGCCGCCUCAUCUUCUCUCGUCCUUUUCACCCACCCACCCCUUUAUUUAGUUUUUUAAGACUUACUCUUCACAUCUCUCACCCACAGUCAGUCACACCAUCCCCUCUCCCUCCCCUCCUCCGCACAAAAGUGUCAACAUCCCUGGUGUCAUAGAUAAAGUAUGUGGCGUCAAUGAUUAGCUCCGCUUCCCGCACACUCUGCCGACUGAAUCACCCGCCUUGGUGCUUUUCCGGCUCCACGGAUCGAUCCGCUGCUCGCGUGUCUGGCUGACCGAUUGCUGGUUGCGUUGACUGAAGAAGCUGGAGUCUACGCACAACAACCCAACCCAAUUAAUAAUCCCGUGACCGGGCGCUUCACAUGUUUCCGGAUUAGAUAAGCCCCGUGCUCCUGUCUCAUCGACCCGCUCUUUGUUCACCGCGUUCCUGGCGCCCUCGGUUUGCGCCCUCGGUCUGCCCCAGAACCUUCCAAACUGUGGAUUCACCUUGGGAGCCGCGCAUAACUUCCCCUACCUACCAUGAACCUGGGGAAGCGGGUAAAUAACACACCGUUGAAAAUCCCCGGUGUAUGGUUUUUCGCUCUACGAUCCCAUCUCAAUAACCUCCUCCGAUUACUCCUAGGCGCUAGAACAUCAGUAUCCGUGUUUGCACGAUCGCACGCCUGUCCCACUCUGUCUACAUUUAUCGUUGAAACCCCACACGCGUGUCAGAUACAGUGGCACUUGCACAGCGGCUGCAGGCUCAGCUGUCCAUAGCCCAGGCCUGACUUCUACCACCUUUGCAAUACUUUCGCACUGCCCGCCACAGCAAGUCCCAUUUACUUGUGGCCUCGGUCAGCGCUCCGCUCCCGAUUGUGCCGAUGCAGGCGUUCUCAUUUGUUCCCCCUAGCAUGGGCCCCGCCGAGGGCCAGAAGAACUAUGUUUUUGUGGACGAACACAACAGACACAAGCGUCUCAAGGUUAUGAGAGCUUGCAAUGGCUGUCGCAAACGAAAGAUUAAAUGCGAUGCUGCAACCACCAAUACCUGGCCCUGCUCCGCGUGUACUCGAUUGAAACUUGUUUGCAUCCCCCCAACCAUCGGCCAGGAUGGCGAUUUUUCAUCCCAUGGCCAAAUGCCUGAGUCGAGUCAGCAGCCGCCGCCAACGAAUCUUCUUCAUUCCGCAGAUUUAGACCUUUCCUCCCAGAACAUAUCUCACCAACCGCUUUUUCUUGAUAGGACACAUGCUCAGAGUAUUGGAGGCGGCCGAAGCUAUAGUGAGGAAUCCCGGUUGUAUCAAGCGCAAGCAUAUACAGAACAUGCGCAAAGCCCCCGGCAUAUAUAUCACGCCCUCUCUCCACCGCAUCUUGUUCCUAUGCAACAUAACCAAACAUUUCAACAUAACCCGAACCUAUACACUACGUCACCACCUCAUCAACUCCUAACGAGAGUGGACACUACAUCGUAUGCGAAAUCUGAACAUUCAAAUGCAGAAGAUCUGAGCGAUGCACUUGGCGAUCUUAAAAUAGACGAAACUGGUGUUGCCGCUUAUAUCCGGCAACCUCGAAAAGGAGACAAAGAUCCGGAAGUUCCGACCGCAGAGGAAGGUGACGCGAAGCUCCCACCCUUUAUUUCGACCUCUGGCGCAACUAUUCGUAUACCCCCUGAACUGAUGCCAUCAGACGACGACGCUAUGAAAUAUUUCGAUAUUUACUUUACCCAUAUCCACCCUUAUGUACCUGUCGUGCAUCGAGGCCACUUAUAUCAGCAAUGGCAAUCCGAUAAAACAUCCAUAUCGCCCCUUCUUUUAGAGGGCAUAUUUGCUUGUGCCGGGAGGAUGUCGGAUGAUCCCGCGCAAGGAGCACAGUGGCUUGCGCUGGGCAAUCGGCACGAAGCGGCAUUUAUGGAAGCUCCUCGACUGAGUACGAUCCAGGCCUUAUUACUUUUCCUAAAAGCUAGAGAGGGCUCCCCGAAAAAAGGUUACUUCUACCGCUCUUGGCAGACGGUGAAGACUAUGGUUUCCAUGGCGAAGGACCUCGAUCUUCAUGAACACCACAGCUAUCAUGCUGAAGGACAACCUUGUGGGCUUGAUACAGUUGAAUGCCUCGUCCAAACCAGAGUAUGGCAAGCCCUUUUGGUGGUCGAAACAAUGAUCGGUGGUCCUCAAGGGCGCUCGGAUUUUGGAGUUGAUCCAGAUUCUGUUGAAUACGGGACUUCAUUGAAUAUUCCCAAUUUAGACGCUUUUGAAAUCGAAAGGUCACGAUUAUUUGCUUAUUUUAUACGCAAUGUCCGCAGCAUUCGACUGAUCACAGAUUCAUAUCAUAAGCUCAAGAGACAACCGGACUGGGGAGCCGAUCCUCGAUUUAUAGAAAACAACACCCUAAUCCCAGACUGGCUCGCCAACCUUCCGCCCGACUUGCAGGUCACAUAUCCGCCAGAUGGGUCUCCGCCAUGGCUUCCAUCCCACCUUGUGGGAAAUAUGCAUUCUCAUUUCCACCUUUCCACCAUAAUCCUACACCGUCCUCAACUUCUGGCAUCGAAAUCUUUCGCCGCUGGCGGGAAAUGGAGAACUCAUAUGCUUCUCUGUUAUAAUUCAGCAAAAAAGCUCUGUCGCCUACAGGAAGCGAUUAUACGAUCCUUUGGUUUGAACGGCUUGUUUUACAUGCAGCGCGGUAUCAGCUUUACUGUAUAUGGUAUCUUGACAUGUACGAUGUUGCAUCUCAUUGCGAUCACCUCCCCUGACCCCGAGCUUAACUCCGAUGCAAGGAUAUAUUUCACCCGCCACAUGCGUCUCCUCGAGCAAUGUGCAACUACAUGGCCUGUUCCCGAUUUACAAGAGUCGAUCAACCAACUUCGAUUAGCGUUUUCGGCCGAUAUUAACAAGCCAUUUGAGCUAAAACGGAGCUUUCCCUAUGGUAGUCCAUCAGAUCAACAUCACCCCAGUCCUCCAAUGGACUCUCACUACUUAUCCUCGUCCUUUGCUGCAAGUUGCCCAGAACAGAAUCAACUCGCAUAUGGAACCCACGCACUCACGCCUCCUAUAUCUGCUGAGGUUAAUGAUAAGGCAGGCGGCCCUACACUACAAGAGAUAAUGCAGAGUCAUGACCAAAACCAAGACCUGCUCAACAUCCCAUUGGCCGAUAGUAACACCUGGGAUCCCACUCGAAUUAUCAACCAAUGGGACCUUGCCUUCUCUGGCGGUGGAUCCAAUGCUUCCAGCACGAAUUCUCCUCCACUCUCAGCAACCAACCCCUCGCAGGACGGCCAGAGCCUCCCAGCCCAAUACCGCAUGCACUAUUCUCAAACGCCCAAGAUGUCCUCCAUGCCUGUCCCGCAACCUAUGGCCCAGCCCACUUAUAGCAACAUGCAGUCGGUGAUUAGCGCGCGAGACUGGCAACGCAGUGUCGCUAGUGUAUACGACCCACAAGGCUUGAAAAGGAGGUGGGAUCAUCAGGUAAAUUUGGACCAGGACCGCGGAUGAAUGUGAGAAGAGCGCUCCAUUCUCACCAUUACGCACCCGUGAAAUACCAUGGGACGACUACCCGCCUUCCGGACCAUAUGGUAGAUGCAUGUGCUAGUAUUCAAGAGAUUGUGCUGUUGCGCCAAGCUUGAUGCGGGAACUUGUUCCCGUUUCCAAUGCAUUUCCAUAUCCAAACACAUUUUGCAUCGAUAGUGGUGACUAUCUAAGGUGAUUUUAGAUAUAAUGCUUGUCAUUCAUGACAAUCAUAGUCCAGGGGUGCAACCAAGUCGUUUUCGGACUCGAGGCAUCACAUCGUGACAUCAUACCGGUCCUGCAACUCCCCAAUCAUGUUAAUCCGAUUACCAUUUAUAUACUCAUACCAACAUUUACCCAUGCUUGAUCAACGAACAAAAAAGAAAAAAGAUAAAGAUAAAGAUAAAAACAACAUACAGAUUUUUUCCCAUAUAUACCCCGAUAUUUAACGGCCCCAUUUGCUUCUUUCGAAGAACGAGAACACAUCGAUGCGUUUUAUGUUAAUUUUUCUCUGCUAUGAUGGGACGAAUGUGUGCGAUUUUUGCGUUUGUUCUUACUGCUCUGCUUAAUUACUAUUCUUGUUUAGCAUACACACACACAUAUAUAUAUAUAUAUAUUUCUGGCCCUUUCGGUUUCUUAACCAGGCCUGGGUAUCCAUUACAAGUUACUAUCUAGUAUUUGGGAACGGCUGCCCGCAUCUGUUAGAGGAUGAUGGACACCCGUGUCUAAAUGUUGUAUGUGGUCGCUAGACCCAUUUUUCUUUUCACACCUUUUCCUCUCAUCUCACCUUUUCCCUUCCUUCUUCCAUCUAUUUCAACUUUUAUUUCAUAUCCCUUUUUAUUUUGUUAUUGGAAAGGAGGCCCAUGGUUUGGAUGGGAGGCUAUUUGUUACUUGUCAUGUUCCUGUUUCGUAUGUGCCUGUACAUUAGACAAUUGAUUCCAUUGAGGAUUCAGGCGAUUGGGCUUUGAAUUUCUUUUUUUUCUUUUUCUUUUCUUUUUCUUUUUAUUUUUCUUUUCUUUUAUUUUAUAUUUUAUUUUUAUCUUUUGCUAUAAUUUUAUUCUAUUAAUUGGUUUACGAGGGAUGUGAGGAUUUGGCCAACUGGCAUUUCCCUACGUCCCCUUUCCUCUGAGUCGAUUCGAUUUGGCUCAGUUGCUGAAAAUCCGAUCUUGAGAUAGGAGGGAAAGCGGCGACCUAGCGUAGCCAAAAAAAAAAAAAAAAAAAAAAAAAAAAAAAAAAAAAAAAAAAAAAAAAACAGAAUAAAGGAAAGAGAACAAAAAGAUGUGUACAUUGCGUGAUUGUGUAUAGAUAGAUAUUGUUAUCUCCAUCUAUUGUAGCUAUUUCCUCCGCCCCCUUUUCCCCUUUGCGAUUUUGAGUUUAUAACUGAAGGGAGUACAGGUGCGGUGUUCAC